AUGACAGCCCUGGCCCAGCAGCUACCGCACGCCUCCUCAAACUGGCUUGCUCUGAACUGGGGUGAAAACUGUGCUCCCAAUGUCUUUACCCACAUCGCCAGUCUCGCUGAAAUCGCGCUUGCCCACUUAAACCUCGAUGAGAUGCUCGCCAUUGCCUCGGCCUUAUUACACGCCCUUGAUCGCCUCAACAUGAACGGCCUCCUCUUUUCUGAAACCGCAGCUCAAGGCUUGGUGCUCGCCCUGCAAACACUAUGGCCCUUCUUGCUGCAAACAUCCAUUGGACGGUCACGGACCCUGGAGGCCUGUCUCAACCUCCGCGCCGUUGCCACGACCCACCUGAUCACGCAACACAAUCUUCUUGCCGAGCUUCUCCACUCUUUAAGCUCACACCAAAACAACUCCAGCGAGCCUCUGCCCGAGGGCGUGCCAACAGACCUGACCCUUCUUGGACACCUCGUCGACCAACGCCUGCGCCGCGUCCCCCACCCGUCCCCCCAUAGCGCCACCUUGACUAUGGCACUUGCUGUUCUCCAGCAUAUGCUAAUUAACGUCGCCACUGCCCACGAGGGCUCGCGCGACAUCAACAAGGAAGAGAGCAGCACCCCCGCCGGCCAACGCCGCUUCCUCACCGAAUUUGUGAGAAUUCUCGCCGAUUUUGAUCCGGCCAACGUCACCACGCUGUUGCUACGUGUAACGGAAACCCACGAAGACACCUUGCUUUUAGCUACCGAGCUGCUGCAGGAUGUCGUGGCCACUCAGCAAACAGCCGGCAACGGCGUGGCCAUACGUGAUGUCAUUGUCACCCGCAUCUUGGCUCAUCUCUGCUUUAACCGCCUCUUACUCCUGAUCGACGGGGACACCGCCUUCGACAAGGCUUCUGAUGCCUUGGUCCACGAGGCUUCGGUGGAAGCGGCAAAUCUCUUUGAGACUAUUUGCGAUUGUUGGUUUCGCUACCACUCCAAUGAGGCUGACUUCGGUCCCUUUGACGUGUUUCAAGCCCUGCUUGCUCCUCGCUGCAUGAUCACCUUUUUCAGUAUGAUCCAGAGCGGCAGUCCAUCUGCUCUCCAGCUACAAGCCUACUUUUCCGAAGGAAAUGCAAAUCAUACCCUGGGCUUCUUGCGCGCUGGCUUAGAAGCCAUGUGUCUCAUCGAACCCGCUACUUUGACCACCACCCAUGCUCAAGCCACGGUCUCACGACUUUUGCACGCCAUCUGGAGCUGGUGCGAAACCUACGCCCCAAAUCUCGACGGCGUGCAAGAUCAACUCGUUGGAGCGCACCCCAUCCUCCUGGCUCUCGAUCCCCAUCCCGAGCCCCACGCUGACGUCCCCCACGACACCCACCCGGAAAGUCCCCCCGCCACGCCUGUGGCUUCUUCAGUUCCUGAGAGUUUGGACCGAUUGUCAGUCCGCAGUGCAAACACUGAUGCCAAGGUCUUGCUGAACAUUGAUCGCGACUCCGUCGCACCCAUGGCCGCCGAUCUGGUGGACAAGCCUCGCAUGGUCCGACCGGUAUUGGAAGCCUUGGAUACGCUAGAUCAGUGCCUACUCACCAUUUGCAGGUUGGGUGAGCUGCCCAUUGAGCCCGGCACCGGCGCACAGCCUGCCUCGCCCUCUACACCCGCCGCCACGCCUAGUCCGGUCGACACAAACGGUAAACACGCAAUGGGCUGCCUUACGCUUGUGUAUGCAGCCCUUUUGCGACGUGCCUGGGCAAAUCACGCAGGUGCAUACGGGCGUUGCUGGUCUGCGUUGGCCAAGCGAAUUGCCACCCACUUUGGUCAAUCCCCACCCACGUCCACAUCGCUGCUACACACCGUGGUUCAGGGCGCCUCGCGGGCUACCAUGUUAAACGAGGAUGGCCGACAGCUUCUUGUGUUUGCGCUCUGUCAGCUCCACUUUGGUAGCGGCUCUGCACAGCGCACCCCGCCUCCGACCGCCACGUCCACAAGUCAUCCAGACCCGAAAGAGCUCAAAACUUCCAUUGACCCCGACCUGCUUGAGACCGCGUGUCAUGCAAUCCCUGCCCUGACAGAGCAUUUGCUGGAGCGGGGUUGCCGCUACUUGUUGGAAGAGCUCAGCCUGCUUGUUCUCCCAGCCUUGGAAACCGUGUGCAUGACACCUUUGGUGUUCUCACCCUCUCUGCACGCGGUGGCGGAAAAUGCUGUCAGUCACUUGCUUCAUCAAGGUGUCUGCGCCGCGCAAAUGCAACAGUGGCUUGUCAAUGCGCGCUCUCGAUGGCCCGCAGUGGCCGCUUUUCGCGCGCUGCGUCUGGGGACCACGGCUCCCGCUUCUGGCGUGGAUGGUCUUGUAGGGGAGCGCGGGCCUCGCCGGUUCUGGAAGUUUGACGCACGCUCCUACUUGGUCUUCUCCAAAGCACAGUCUUUUUGGCCCUCUUCUUCCCAUCAACAGGGAUUCUCUUUGCUCUUUUGGAUUCGGCCUCGCUGGCAGCUUGAGUUUCUCGAGCAAAGCCGGCUUGAUAGCAGCGCCAUUGAUGGUGCAGGUAGCUCAGCUGUGCCCCUCGUGCAAAUUCAUUGCUGCGAUGAAACAGGACGUGUUUCUGGGCACACGGCUUGGACCAUAGUCCUCAGCCCAAACAGCGCGCGCCUGGGGCUGCACGUUAGUUUGAGCCACCGCAGUGGGGAGCGACAAGAGGAGUUGAUAUGGUUCGGCACCAAUGUCUCAAACGAGGAAUGGACGCAUGUCGCCAUUUCACAUCAGCCGCUCGGCGACGGCGAAGAGGCCUCUGUAGCGGCGGCUACAGCUGCAGCCGCCGUGGCCGCCGUGCACGAUGAAGAAGGAUCUGCCUUCUUCCCGAGCCCGUCCCCGGUGAGCCCAAGUAGGGUGCGUAGCAGUUCAUCAACAGCCUACGGGGCCGACUUUGCGACAGCACGCACUUCCGGCCACUGGCAGUCAGGUGUUGCCACGGCCUAUCUCAACGGUGUCGUUGCCGCAUCACAACCCAUUCACUUGCCGUUGCGAGAACCGCAGCAAACGCACCACACAACUGUCCUCUGUCGCCGUGUGAUUGUUCGUCAAGCUGCAAGCACGGCAACUCAGAUGAUGGGCAGCCCCGAGAGCGCGGCAAGCCGACUAUCACGUCACGGGUCACUUCGUGCAGUUGACAGCGCUGUCCUGAGCAUUGCCGAGGCGAGCCCCAUGGCGAUGCCCUGGUCGGCAGGCCAAGCGAGCUCGGCGGGCCAUAGUCAGCCGCCCCCUGGGACGCCUCAACUCUUACACUCACGAUCGCACCUGAGCUCAAGCAAGAGCCCCAUGCCCGUCUUUGCUGAAGACACUGUGCCAGACAUGGACGCACCCUCGGAGGUUUCGGAGCCUUCGCGCUUUCGGCGAUUUUUUGCUUCAGUGUUUGGCCGCACAGCGCGGCGCCAAGAGGACCUCAACGCGACCAUUCAGCGCAUGCACAGCUCCGAGCCUCAAAAUGUGUUAUGGCAGACCCCUGGCGUACCGAGCACGCCUGUUAACGGGCGCCUGCAUUUUUUCCCAAGCGAAGCUGACCCAAUCUUUGUUUCAACGUCGCCACCCAACUGUCCUUCCGCGAGCAGCAUCGGGCACUCCUCCACGUUUUUAUCACCAUCGCCACAAACAGGCUGGUUGAGCUCGCACUCCCCUCUGCACGUGGCCCCACCUUCGGCCCGCUCGAGCCUACGCUCCAUACCCCCUCCCAAGCUCGACCUGGGUCCCGUUGAUGCAUCCGUAUUGGUGUCGGAUCUACCUGCACCCCAGCGCCACAGUACGAGCGAUUACUCUCAACCCAUGGUCCCAACGACAGACUUGGGCGCUCUGACGGCGCUCGCCACAGUGCUCAGCUACGAGCAGGAACUCCGCCGAGCCGUCGUGUUAUUCCUGACCCCCGAUACACAGGCCGCCUAUUGGCGUCCUCUUCACAAGGACGAGUUAUGGCAUGAGCGCCAGGCCUCCUCAAAUCAAAUCAUGAAUGUGGGUAUUUCAGAGGACAACAGGCUCGCUUCGCGCACAACAUCUGUCGCAUCCUCGAUCGUCGGGUCGCAGAGUGACACUGGGGCUCGCACCCAAGCUUCUGCAGGCGAACAAACGCUCUCGGAAACCGAUUCGCUGCGCGAAACCGUCGAAGUCGAUGAAGGAGCUGACACCAAGAGCACUUUGCUGGACCAGGCAGCUGGUCUGCAGCCCCUUAUCAGCGAUCGCCGUGACGUGCUACGUGCCUUGGGGGAGUUCAGUGGCGUUCAAGCACUUUUACUUUUGCUUGCUGAUGCAGCACCCUCAGGCGAGCAUCAGCUUGAGCUGAUCGAAACCAUUCUCUCCGUCGUUGAACAAGAUCCACACCUCGCGCACCAGUCCAAAAAUGAGCACGUUUACAGGCUUCUGGGUCACUUCUUGGCGUCAUCCCGCUGCGAACUGACAGAAGCCCUCUUGCGCUGUCUACUUCGCUUUUGCGUCAACUACAGCGGCUCUCAAAACAAGGAAUCGAUUGCUGAGCUGGUGGAGGAUCUCCGCGCUCUCGUCAACUUUCUUACCGCCACCCACCCAGCACAAAAACUCAAGAUUCGAGAGGGCACAUUUUGGAAACGGGCCAAGAAAUCUUCCAAGGAUGACAAGGAUCAGGACGAGGCAGAUGAACCUGCAUCUGGCUAUUCACAGCGACGUCUCUCGUUCUUAACGCCCUCGCCACGAGCCCAAAGGUCAGGCACCACUUCGUGGGCAUCACCUUCCGGGGCUUUUGAGAAAGGAACUGCCCCUGAUGCGGAUAUGGCUGGUCUGGGUGCUAUUUCGGACAAAGCACGCAGCCCGCCACGUCGCAUCAAACGCUCAAACUUGGGGUGGUCGCAGCACUCGCCCUUUGCUGCCAUCGCAGAGGAAGGUUCCGACUUUGAGCCCGAUUCUCCUGCCAGCCGCCAGCCGGGCGAAGCAGCCAUGGUUGAUCCCAUCGAGUCCACUCUUUUGCGGCGCCGCCUCUCCCCACUUCCUCUGUUGUCUCAAUCAUCAACAAGCAGCACGGAUCGUCAUGUCGACGCGCAUGACCAGCCAUACAGAAAUGUAGACUCCAACCCUGCAGGGAAUACGGAGGACGCCUCUGAGCCCUCAAAUACAGAUUCGCCCGGGCCGACUGACGCAGUGGAUGUGCGCGUAGGUCUUCUGUCUCUCGUGCUAGACUGCUUGUGCCGCACGGGAUAUGAUGACAACGUCCUGUCUCGCGAAAACCUGGACAUUAUCUUCGUUCCCGACACUCUUCUUGCCAUGGCUGAUCACGAAGAUUCCACAACGCGUUUGAUGGUUUUGCGCUUGAUCAUAUUUUGCCUGCAGCGCGGACUCCCCAAUUUCACCAAGCUCUUUCGACGCGCAGAGGGGUUUCAUGUUUUGGCAAAGCAGCUCACAGAGCAUGUUGUUACGCGUCCCAUCUUCAUGGCCGCCCUGAAUGUCUUUAUCGGACGCGUCGACCUGCGCCGCAGCGCCUCGACCAAGACAUCAGCGUCGCGCGUCCCAUCGACCGCAAACAGCCCCUCCCGACCCAGCUUUUCUUCACAUCGCAGCUCUCGUGAGGAUCUGCAAUCGUUUGCGACGAGUUCUAGUGCCGGUCAACCAGUCGAGCACGCUCUGCAGGGCACACAGCCCUUGAGCGCAACUGACGCCGGCUCUGCAGCGCAUCUGAUUGCAGCACUAUUUGCACACUUGGUCUCGGAUGCCACCUUAUGCCAUGAAGCCUUAGGGACACUGACUCACCUCGUGCGGCUGCGCGAUGAUCUACGCGAGCCCCUGCUCAAUGCAAAUAUUGUCGCGGUCCUGUGCGAGAUCUUGACCAUUGCAACCUUGCGCGCUCCUUCCAAGCCCCCGAGUCCCAGCGAGAAUGUGCAGUCUGGAUCGCCCACUGCCAAUGCUAGUUUGGACGCGGACCUUCUGGCUAACGACCCGGACCCCGAUUCAAGAAUCGCCGCUGCGUCAAGUGCAGCUCAUGCCGAGCAGCCUUCGUGGCGUUCGCGGCCCUCGACACCGGCCAGCUCAGCAGUUAGCCACGUGGGCUGCUUUUCUCUAUCAGCCCGCAAAGCCCUGCUGAUCGUUGCCGAAACCUUCUUAACCGAGCUCUCCUCACUUCACGUUGGCCCACUGUUGCUCCAACCCCGCUCAGCACCCACGGGUCUUGCUCGAUUAGAGAGCAUGAUCAACUGUUUGACUGUGUGGGGCCUGCCGCAUGAGCACGCCAAGCACCUUCAGCGCUCAAUGCUUCUGACUUUGUUGGAUCAAAUGCAAGCUGCCAUCUGCCAGCCGGGGCGGGGGACAAAAGUGGAGGCUACUCAUGUGCCACUCCAUGGAGCAGUGGCGACUCUCUGUGGUAUGGCUGUGGAUCUUGUCCUCUACGACUCGGGAGUGGCAGCUACGCUACCUGAUACUAGCCUCGUAAACAGCGCCGAAGUGGCCGCAGCCUGCGCUACUGUGGCCGCGGCGGCAACAUUUGCCUCAGACUCCUCCGACCCCAUGACCUCCGGUCCUGAUAGUGAUGAGGCCUCGUGGAUGGUAGUCAGCGAUGUGCUACGCGAGAACUGGUCAACCCUCUCGGAUCACGGCUUUGUCUGGCUUCUGAUCCGCUGGCUCCAGGACAUGCUUGAUCACGUGCGCGCAUUGCUUGGUUUGGGGACGAGCAGUGUCGUACGCCACGCUCUGCCACGAAACUCAACCCAGUAUGCUGAUGCCCGCGUGGUGGAACGCAUGCUAAGUGAACAGCUGCUGCGCCUUCUGUUGUGGCUACUGCAUCUAGACCUCCUUCCCAAUCGCGAGUUGGACGCCACUCUGCAGGAGCCCAUCUGGCAAAAACUUCCGCAGCGCUUGCAGCAGCUUGGUCUCGGCAUCGAUCAACUGACAGCCAGUGGCAGCUUGUGGGCUCGCCUCGUUCACUUUGACUCAUCAUUUGUGCUCGUGCUCAAAUCGCUCCACUCGGCCUAUCAUCGUCUACGCCGCCUACGAGAUGAUCCUGAUCUGCCUGACAAAAGCCCUGAUGCUGAUGCCGUAGUUCAUAGCAUCGAUGUAAUGCUUGACAAGUGUGAGCUUGCCUUUCGCUACGUGAUUCGCCACCAUAAGCCAAACCUCCAGGGGGCCGUGGAUUUGGAUGGUUCGCGGCUAGGCGCCACGCGGGGUGGAUGGUACCUCAAAUUUUACCGUCUCACGGAGAACGAAACCUUUUCGACUGAAAUCGAGCUGGCACGCAAAAACUGGCUUGAGGCACGCGCGGCAGACGAAGCAGAGCGCGUGGAACAGGUGUUGCUUGGUCAGCGUCGUAUCACAACCCAUCUCACAGCCAUGGUCACGCGUGCACUCCAGUUGGCCGAUUUGCAUCGCAAGGCAUACCUGGAACACGUGACGAACCACAGCCAUGAGCUCAACUUGUGCCAGACCCUCUGGCAUCGCAUCGAGGAACGUGCUCAGCAGCCGGGCAGCAUCUGGUAUCGGCCCGAACAAGGGCGCAAGUGGAUGCUGGACCCGCGUGAGGGCCUCUUGCGCAUGCGCCGCAAGCUGCAACCCCUGCGUGUGGCCGUGGACAUGGCCAAUCGGGCCCAUGACUAUUGGGAAGAGAACCCAGGAAACCCUGCCGCGGAUGAGGCCCUGGCCACGCACGCAGCAAACGCGUCUAGUGCUAAAUCGCCUGAUGAUGACGCACUUGAGCAUACUCGGCUCGUCAACGAGUCCAUGACUAGCAAUUGGUCACUUGAGGCUAGCUUGACUCAGACCCCGACUCGCUUUGCAAGUGGCUUGAGUCUCAUCACUCCUCAGCCAGACACCCCCCUGACCUUGACAGCAGGCACCCUGCGUCGAGGCACGGCGUGCUUAGCUCCCGUGGACGAGGAGACAGCAGAGCUCGAAAGGCCUUUCGCACAUGUUGGCAGCAGUGCGUCAGUGCUCGGCAACGAGGCUACUGACGCUUCACAAGAGGAUCCUAUGCUGGCAGCCGCCUCCAAGCUGCUGCAUUUGGUCGAAGCGAUGGAAGAUUUACCGACCUGCAGCGCAGGGCAGAUGGAUGUGCGCGGGCUGGCCGCAUUGGUGGAGCAGCGUGGCCACGCUGGCGCAAUAUCCAGUGCCGAGGCAUUGACACUGCGACCACUGCUCCUCUGCCCCACUGCCCUCGCCCCCGUGUCUGCAAAUUCGCUGGCUUAUCUGCAUCAUCAGCACCGCGGCGCCGGCACGCUCGAUGAUGCCGCUGCACCUGGAACUGACGUUAACGAGGGCGGACUCAGUACAAGUAUCGACCCGCGCAGCACUGUUACGGAGAGCACGGACGUGCCAGAGGCCGCCGAGGACAACAUGGGCAGCAUGCAGCCCCACGAGCGCGUUCAGGCUGUCUUGGCCUGCGAAAUCGUCACUCCAUACGAAUCUCUGAGCGGGGAGGUGAUUCUUGGUGAUCGCCAUCUCUACUUUCAGAUCAAUCGUACACAGCAAAAGGCGCCCGGCCUCACCCAAUUGCGCUCAGUCAAAGAACUAGCUGCGCUUUCCCACGACCCCAAUCAGCUGCCCUGCUGGCCCUACGCAGGCAUCACGCAGGUGCUACGACGGCGCUACCUGCUUCAGCAUGUCGGAUUGGAGAUUUUCUUUGAUUCGGGCGUUACUCUGAUGCUGGCUUUUGGGUCGUCGCAGCUUUGCCGCGAAGCGCAUACCUGCCUUAUGCAACAGAAGCUGCCAUCGCUGUGCAUGCUGACAGUCAUGGAAAUCAACGGAUCAGAGGACGCAGAUGCCACGCCCAAACUAUCCGUGUUCCGGGUCUCGGGCAACGAUCGUCAGCCACGAUCGGCCAUCACACAGCAAUGGAUACGUGGAGACAUCUCAAACUUUGAGUACCUCAUGCACCUCAACACCUUGGCCGGCCGUACUUUUAACGACCUGACACAGUACCCUGUAAUGCCACACGUUUUAAGAGACUACACGUCGGCGCGGCUCGAUCUGCAGAAUGAGGAGGUAUUUCGUGACUUGAGCAAACCCAUGGGUGCCCUGGGCGAGCAACGCUUGGAGUCGAUUUUGCGGCGCUACGCAGACCUGAAGGAAAAUUGGGAGAUGGAACUGGAGAUGGCACAUCUUCGGGGUGAAGAACCUGAUAUCAACACCAUGCCGUUCAUGUACGGCACACAUUACUCGUCGGCCGCCGCUGUGUUGUUCUACAUGUCACGGUUGGAACCUUUCACGCAAUUGGCUGUCGAGUUGCAAGGUGGCAAACUGGAUAUCCCUGACCGCAUGUUCCAUGACAUGGCCGAUACUUGGCUAUCUUGCUCCGAGCGCUCCUCUUCGGACGUCAAGGAGCUCAUCCCUGAGUUUUUUACCUUGCCGGAAUUUUUGCGCAAUAUCAACCAUUACGAGUUGGGUCGUCGACAGGAUGGCCAAGUGUUGGAAGAUGUCUGUCUCCCGCCCUGGGCCGGUGGUUCACCACGUACUUUUGUUUACUUGCAAAUGCGGGCCCUUGAGUCACCUUACGUGUCGGCUCAUCUUCAUGAGUGGAUCGACCUGAUCUUUGGCACCAAGCAGCGCGGGCCAGCAGCAGUGGAAGCAAGCAAUGUUUUCGUGGCCGCAAGCUACGAGGGCGUCGUCGACCUCGAGAAGGAGCAGAGCCCAAGCCUUCGGAAAAGAGUACUCGAUUCAGCCAAGCACUUUGGACAAACACCCAUCCAGCUCUUUCAAAACGCACAUCCUCGCCGGUUGGCCAGUGCGUGCAAUUGGCCCGUGAACCUGACACACGUUGGUGGACGCAAGGUCAUUGGUGAAAUUUUGCGUCGGACCGUCAACAAAGAUGUACAUCACCUCGCUUUCUUGCCCGGGCGCGUGAUUAAGGUGUAUCGCCGCCUGCGUUGCCCCUUACUUCGGGAUGGCCAAAUUUUCCAAUUGGAUGCCGACUGCUGGGAUGGCAACCUGCACGUGUUGGACGCACGAGGCCACCCAACCGGCUGCAAUUUACCAUGUGGAGCCUUUGCCGCGUUAGCCGGCGCUUCCGGUGUGGUUCACGUGCUUCAACUCCAUGUGGCAAACAACCAAGUCUCACUCGCGCACAUGGGAUCUCUGUACGGUCGAGGCGCACCCAUGGUGCACAUUGCCAUGUGCACGUCAUUUGGCGUUGUGGUGACCGCUGACGAGGACGGACGGGUCUUCAUCUGGGAUCUGCAUCAACUCAGUCUACUUCAUGUGCUCUUGACGGCUCCAGAUGAAACGAUCACAGCCCUUGCGGUCUCAGCCAUCACCGGGGAUAUUGCUGUGGGUCGCGCGCGCGCGCAGGGUGGAACAUCUCCGGCGGCAGCUGUCGAAAUUGUGACAAUCAACGGCGAAUCAGUCACAAGCUGGAAGAGCCCAAGCAAAGUAACGGCAUUGGCCUAUAUCAACUACCGCAACCUGGCCAAUGACUGUGGGCUGUUAGUGGGCAACGCUGAUGCCGGUGUCACCAUUCUCAGAGCCCAUGACCUGAACGAGCUUUGGAGCGUAUCUGGACGUCACGUCAUGCAAGACUUCUCGGUUCCAGACACAGGCAUCUGCGGCAUACAAGCACUUGCGGUGGCCGAGGAAGACCACCGCUUUUACGUUGCCACUGAAGGUGCCUUGGAUGCCUUCGCCAAAUUCACUCGUCUAAACAAUAUUCUAAUGUUAAUCAUCCUUCAACGAAGCGACACCGCAGGCGAUAGUCUCUUCAAGUCCAACACGAACAUCACCAACGUUGGCGGGAAUCUAUACGUUCGCGUCUGUCCUGCCGUUGUGAAAGACAGCAACCCUAGCGGCUCGUAUGAUCGUGGUGGUCGUCGCAAUGAGCCAUGCCGACCUCGCCAAUGGCAGAGGGGCUCGACAGCCAGUUCAUACGAGCAAAGAUCUCAGGCAGAACCGAUGGCCGAUUACGUAAUACUACGCGAAAUGGUCACAACAAAUGUUCUCGACUGUUCUCUCUCUGCAACAAUUUGUUGUGUGAGUGACAAAGUAUUUUACAUUCUCUACAUUUCUAAGGUUGCAAUGGACUUGCCGACGGGAAUGGCGUCGCCGCCAGUGGGCCCUGCGGGAGCCUUUGAUCGCAUGGGCGCCAUGCCCAGUGAGGUGACUUUUGAAUCCCUCGGUGCACUGGCCGUUCGCGGCAUCGUCUGGGCUGCGAUCAAGGAACUGCCACGUCUGAUUUUCGUGUCCCCGAUUGAGAAUACCGUCACCUUGUUGGACGCGAGCCCGGACUUGCCCAAGGACCCUCGCCCCCUCAACUCCUUGGGAAACAUUAUCCAUGUGGCCCGCUUUUAUGCCGGCGGAUGGACCAGCAUGUGGCACGGCGCUCUGGUUGGCUGUACACGUGAUCUCAUCCUUCAGCUCGUCAUGCCCUGGCUGUCACACAAGACCUCGAACCUCAUGGACAUGAUCAUUGGCCCUUUUGAACCAAACCGACAUGGCAAAUUGCAUCGCGUGCUCCGCAAGAUUGUGAUUGGUACCGUGGCCGGCAGCAUUGCCUACAUGGCCGUGCACCCCAUUUUCAUGCUUCAAACCCGCAUGGUCUGCCAAAAAUUCACGGCUGGCUCUGCCAGCUCCCUGUUUGCCGCCUACCGUAGCAUUGUGGCAGAACGCGGCAUUUUGGGACUUUUCUAUGGAGUCCAAUUUACCGCAAUGCGUUGCCUGGCUCUCUCUGUUGUGCGCUUUGGCAUGGAGACAUGCAAACCCUCCCCGCCGCCUGUUGAUGGAAACUCAGAACCAACGAGCUUGACCCCCUUCCUGCUGAAGCAUUUUGCGUGGUCGUGGUCAGCCUCCAACCUCUGCGAGCUCUUGACCAUUCCCCUUCAGGCUGUAGCCUGCCGCGUCGCUCUCUACGAUGGCCCCAUGUCAGGGGGGGCCUACGGACAUCUAUUGAUUACGACGCGCUGCCCCAUCCACUUCUGGAAUGCCCUUCCUUUUAUGACCUUACUCAAUACUUGUAUCAGUGCCCUAGAGACGGUGUCGCUAUCUGUGGCGGCGCAGCCCGCGUCCUCUUCGGCUGUGCGGGAGGCGGAAAAGUCUUCAGGCACCGUGUGCAAAUUUGAUUUUUCUUUUCUCGCUUUCUCCACCAUCGCCAUCCGAGAAAAGUUCAUGUCGAUGAAAGACGUUUCCUUCAACGCACCACCACUACCAACACCACCACCAUCACAACAACAACAACAACAACGACGACGACGACGACAACAACAACAACAACGAUUUUGA